AUGCAGCUCACCAACCUCAUCGCCCUUGUCACCGCUCUCGCGGCCACGAGCAUCAGCGCUCGUCCCAACCCCUCUACCAUUGCUGAGCGCCAGGCUCCCGGUGACGGUGUCGCCAUCAUCCGCUUCUACGCCGGUAUGGGCUGCGAAGAGCCAUGGCUCGAGGACACUGUCUUCUUCCAGGGUGAUGUGUGCACGGACAACACGUACACGGCGCCAUACGGCAGCUUCAGGGUGUAUAUCAAUGAUUUUACCAGAACCACUCGCUUCUACGUUAACACGGGCUGUGGAGCUGGUAACUACGUGGAUGUCCAGCCUGGAGUAGAGCAAUGCUUUUCCGGCCGGGUUGGUUCGUACAAGUCCUUGUAGUCGGGAUAUCGAGUAGGGGCAGAUCGCGGAGAAUAAGGGAAGGGUGUUCGGUACGGUAUAGGAUAGGUUCGUAGACGGAUCUGUUGAGUCGGAUGGAUUAGGUGUUGGUUCUCCUGUCGCUCAUUAACAAUGAAACCGGUUCUCCAAGCCCACUUUCAACGUUGUGAAAUCUGGUUUCCUAUGCUUUGCCAUGCAACGGGGACAAUCAUCAUGAUUUCGCUGGUCGCAUGAGUGUUUACAAAU